CCUCUGGCCAAUCAGAGCAGAGAUCGAGUGUCGCUCUAACGGAUCUUCUGGGUUUUUCUUUUUUCCAACGGCCGCUGGUAAAUUCCGCCUCCUAGGAAGUCUCAUUCUGAAGUCUGUCCAACGUCUGUCCAACGUCUGUCCAGCAGCAGAGAUGUCCAGCAGGAGUCGUAGGUCCUGUUCCAAGACUGGCUCCAGUUUCCUGAGGCAUCAGGGUUUGGAUGAGCGUUGCUCCAGAGGAACUCCUCAGAAGACGGGAUGGACCAGGGACGAGGAUGAGAAGCUGGUCAGGCUGGUGAAGGAGGUCGGAUCUAAUAGCUGGUCUUCACUCUCUCUUCGUUUCAAAGGUCAGAGGUCAGCAGUGGAGUGUCAGCGGCGCUGGCAGCAGAUCAAGAACCCAGAGCUGGUCAAAGGUCCCUGGACCCAGGAGGAGGACCAGAGGGUGACGGAGCUGGUCCAGAAGUAUGGCAUGAAGCGCUGGUCGCUCAUCGCCAAACAGCUGCACACACGCAACGGGAAGCAGUGCAGAGAACGCUGGCACAACCACCUGAACCCCACGGUGAGGAAGAGCAGCUGGACCCUGGAGGAGGACCACGUCAUCUACCAGGCCCACCGCCUCCUGGGGAACCGCUGGGCUGACAUCUCCAGGCUGCUGCCGGGCAGGACCGACAACUCCAUCAAGAACCACUGGAACUCCACCCUGAAGAGGAAGGUGGAGAAGGAGGGCUACCUGCAGGUGCUACACCUCCACACCUCCCCUAACUCCUCCAGCUCCUCCACCUGCUCCAGACCAGCAUCCAGCGCAGCAAGCAUCCCCCCCAAGCCGUCAGACAGUCUGUCCAGCAUCAAGGACGAGUCCAGCUGCACCUCCAGUGACCAGAGCCUCAGUGACCACGCCCACCUUUGCCCCACCUGUGUCCCCGCCUCCUCCACCUCGUUGGGCUACGACUCCUCUCUGAGCACGUGCAAGAUGACGGAGGUUUCAGGGAUGAAGGAGCAGCUGAUGAGCAGCGAUGACGGUGUCUCCUUCAUGGACUCCCCAUCCUUCAGGGUGGGGGCUGGGACCUUCUCUCCUUCUGAGCUCCUCAGUCUGUGUUCUGCUGAUGACCUGAAGUUCCAGCAUCCAGCGCUCACCUCCACCCCCAUCUGCUCCAUGAAACACCCCCCCAUCGACCCGGGCCACCGGGACCGGGACCGGGAGUCCUGUCUGCACUGCAGCCUCAGCUCCCAGACUCCAUCAGAGGUCAGAGAAAAGAUCAGAGCUCUUCAAACGUCUGCCCCUCAAACACCGACUCCCCUGAAGAUCAGCAACCAGGACCAGGUUUCAGUUUGUCUGAGCAGGAUGAUGAAUCUGACCUGGGAGGAGAAGAGUGUGGAUCCGGAAAGUCAGCAAUCAGAGAGCAGCUCAGAGGUCCAAGGGGAGAGCCUGCUGAGCUCCAUCCUUCAGGUUCAGUCCAGCCCGGCCCCUCAGGACAGUUCUGGACCGGGUCCAAUCCAGCACCAGCAAGUCCAGCAUUCGGAGCGUCCGCCAGAGUCCGGCUCAGUCCCAGGCUGCGAGGAGUUUGGCUGCUUCCCGUUGGAUGGACAGGUGGAGGUUUGGUGGAGCCAGCAGCGCCUCAGCUUCCUCCACUCUCCAGAGUGUCCUGCGUACCGGCUCAACCCGUUCGAGCUGAGCGGAGACCUGCAGGUGGUGAUGUUUGGAAAGACUGAUGAUCAGAUGAGCCUGACGGAGCAGGCCCGGCUCUACACCGAGCCCUGAACGCCUCCUCACACCGGCCAUGUGACCAAAGCACACCUGAAGGCAGCUGACCCACUCUACCUGUGGCUUCCUGCAUCAUUAGUCAGAUUCAUUCAUUCAUUCAUUGCUUUUUAAACCAGACACCAGCUUUUUAUCAUUUAUUUAUUCACUCGAUUUUAUAUUUGUAUGUAUUUAUUUAUUAGUUGAGGAGCUGAUGCUCAGUGUUGUCAGAUGAUUAUUAUUGUUAUUUAAUCUGCACUUUGGAUCAGAACCGGUCUGUUGUGAUAGAGAUUGAUUGAUUGAUUGAUUGAUUGAUUGAUGGAUUGAUUGAUGGAUUGGUUUAUUGACUGACAGGUUGGUUGAUUGAUGACAGUGACACUGAUGGAUGAAUGUUUGAUUUAUUCUUUCAUUCUUUGGUCAAACACAGAAACUGAAAGUGAUGAGCGAUGAUUUAAUAAAAGUCACUGAAGGACUGA